GAAUUUCACUCUUAAAAGGGACUAAAUGGUGUAGCAAAGUGUAAUAGUAGAACGUACGCUAUAAUUCGUGUUGAAUCGUUGAUAGUUAUGGCUUUUCAGGAGAUCCUUGAGUCUUUAGGAGGGAUGGGACGUUACCAAGUAAUUCAUGUGGUUCUUCUUUCCCUUCCUGUGUUCAUGUUGGCCAGUCACAAUCUCAUGCAGAACUUCACGGCUGCCACCCCGAGCCACCACUGUCGCAUCAAUGGGACAUAUGAGGAGACUAACUUCACGGGACCAUGGCUUCGGGCCUUACUUCCCAUGACACCUACAGGAGAAUUUUCAAAGUGUCUCAGAUAUACCACACCUCAAUAUGAACUGCUUGAGAACAACCUUACCCAGAGUUAUGAUGACUUGGAGACAGAACCUUGUUUAGAUGGUUGGGUCUAUGAUCAUAGUGAGUUUGCUUCUACUAUUAUAACCCAGUGGGACCUGGUCUGCAAUCACCGCAGAAUGAGACAGGUGGCUCAGUCCAUUUACAUGGCAGGGGUGCUGGUUGGUUCCAUUUUGUUUGGUGGACUAUCAGAUAAGUUUGGACGUAGGCCACUGAAUAUUUGGUCAAACCUACAGAUGUUUGUGACUGGGAUUUGUGCAGCCUUCUCUCCAAAUUACAUCUGGUAUUGUAUCUUCCGCUUCCUGACAGGAGUAGCGUUCUCUGGAAUUGUGCUGAACUCCUACUCUUUGACUGUAGAGUGGAUCCCCACAGGUAACCGAGCUUUCACUAGUACUGCCACUGGGUACUGUUACACCAUGGGACAGCUGGUCUUGGUGGGACUAGCGUUCAUAAUUAGAGACUGGCAAUGGCUCCAACUGGCAGCUUCAAUUCCUUUCUUCUUCUACUUUUUGUAUUCAUGGUGGAUCCCAGAAUCUGGCCGUUGGCUUGUUCUUUCUGGAAAACCUGAAGUUGCCUGUAAAGCCCUGAAGAAAGUUGCUCAGAUUAAUGGAAAGAAAGAGGCAGGCGAAAAGCUCACAGUGGAGAUCCUGAAGUCGAGCAUGCAGAGAGAAAUCAACGCUUCCCAUAACUCUACUUAUUCUGCGUUGGACUUGGUUCGAACCCCUGUAGUUCGACGAAUAUCCUUUUGUAUUUCAUGUACUUGGUUCUCAACCAGCUUUGCCUACUAUGGGCUGGCACUGGACCUGCAGAGUUUUGGAGUCAGUAUCUAUAUAAUCCAGAUCAUUUUUGGAACUGUUGACAUCCCGGCAAAAUUUAUCUCCUAUUUUAUCACGACUUAUGUUGGGAGACGUGUCUCACAAGCAAUCACACUAAUCCUGGCCGGUAUUGCCAUCUUAGUCAAUAUAUCUGUACCUCAAGACUUUCAAACAGUGCGGACCGCAAUGGCUGUUUUUGGAAAAGGAUGUCUAGCUGCUUCAUUCAACUGUCUGUACCUAUACACAGGAGAGUUGUACCCAACAGUGAUCAGGCAGACAGGCAUGGGACUGGGUGCAAUGAUGGCUCGACUUGGAGGAAUUAUUGCUCCUCUUGCUCAAAUGACUGGGGACAUCUACCACUCCCUCCCGCUCAUUAUCUUUGGCUGUCUACCCAUACUGUCUGGAAUUGCUGGCUGUUUUUUGCCAGAGACUCUUGGGGUCCCUCUUCCGGAGACUAUAGAAGAGGUGGAAAGUCCCGAUAAGCAACAAAAAGAUGUCAAUGUCAGCGCAAAGAUUCCUCUGAAAGAAACAGAGUUGUACAAUAUGAAAACUGAAGUUUGAAAAUGGAUUCCCCGCGUCUCCUCAAAGUAGGAGGCCACAAAGCACAACAGGGAGAACCACAGGAGCUUCCAUUCUAAUACUGAAUUCCUCUGUGAGCUACACAGCGUUGCAGUAUUACUUAUACUACUACCCGGUUCUGUAAAGAGAUACUUGCCAUCAGGAUUAAAAUGCAGCUUGAUUGAUACGUGGGGAAAAUCGGCCUCAUACUGAGAACUAAUAGCAGAGACUAAUAAAAUAUAUAUCUGCAACGAACCCGUCAACCUGGUAGGAAAUAAACAUUAUUACAGGCAUGGGACCUGUUAUCCAGAAUGCCCAGAUAAGGGAUCUUUCUGUAGUUUGGACAUCAUACCUUUAAAAAUAAAAAUUUCUAUAGAUAGUAUUAUUAUUAUAAUAGAUAAGCUCUAGAAACCUAUUGAGAAUGGCAGCUAAGAAUAAACUGCCACCAGGGACACUGUUUCAAUCCAACCAUUAUAUUUAACCUCGGCAUGGCCUAAACAGAAAUAUAAGCAAUAAA